GCACCACAGUUUGAGAUGAGGAAUUCAGAAGAGCAAGCAGCUACGACAGUUUUACAGCGCCUGCUGCAGGAGCAGCUCCGAUACGGGAACCCAAAUGACAACCGCAACCUUCUCGCCUUACACCAGCAAGCCACAGGGAAUGCCCCCCCUUUCAGCAGCACCGGCAGCCCGGCCUCUCAGAACGAAGGGCUGAGCUCCCAGGACCACCAGCUCGUGACUCAUGCUGCCCGCCAGGAGCCCCAGGGCCAGGAGAUACAGGUGGACAACAGCAUCAUGGAGAAGCAGCUCUCGCCGCGGCUCCAGACCAGCGAGGACCUCCCGACCUACGAGGAGGCCAAGGUGCAGUCGCAGUAUUUCCGUGGCCAGCCGCACGCCAGCGUCGGGGCCGCCUUCUACGUCACGGGUGUCACCAACCAGAAGAUGAGGACUGAAGGGCGGCCCACGGUGCAGCGGGUGAGCCCAGGGAAGGUGCACCAGGACGAAGGACUGAAGGACCUCAAGCAAGGCCACGUGCGCUCCCUGAGCGAGAGGCUGAUGCAGCUGUCCCUGGCCACCAGCGGGGUCAAGGCCCACGCGCCCGUCACGAGCGCGCCGCUCUCGCCUCUGUCUCCGCUCUCUCCCCAGCAGUCCAGCGACCCUUACAAAAAUUCUGGCUCCAAUGAGUUCUACAAGAACUCGGUGCAACCCCCUUCCCAGCCCAGCAUGAAAGGAAUGGAGCAGCGGGGGCCUCCCCCAGAGUAUCCUUACAAAAACGUGUCCACCCCGGCUAUGAACUGCAAACCUCAGGACUCGGGGCAUUUCUAUAGCGACCAUCGCAUGAGCCAGCAGGGAAGAUCUGAUGGGCCUAUGAUGAGGUAUCAGCAUCCCCCUGAGUAUGGCUCAGUCAGGCAGAACCCAGAUGUGCAGCUGCAGUUACAACAGAGACCACCUCACCACCACAGCCCGACUUCUUCCUUGACAUCCCUGGGAUCUUUGACUUUGCUCCAGUCUCCGCCACCCUCUAGGCUGUCCCCUUCCCAGCACCAGCAACCUCUGACUCCCAGCCAGGCAGAUCCUGGCAUUCUGCCACGGACGCAGCAGCCUUUCUUGUCCAACCCAGUCCAUCAGGGAGAUCUGUACCGACUAUGCCAGCCCUUCCUGGGCCCGCAGCAGCAGCAAGGAGACUCCUACUCUGUGAUGCCCCGGGCCCAGCAGAUCCCUUCCCCCUACCAGCAGAUGCAAGUAGAUCCUUUUGCCAUCGUUUCCAGGGCCCAGCAAAUGGUGGAAAUCCUGUCAGAGGAGAACCGGUCCCUACGACAGGAGCUGGAUGGGUGCUAUGAGAAAGUGGCCCGGCUGCAGAAGCUGGAAACAGAAAUUCAGCAAGUUUCAGAGGCAUACAAAAACCUGGAGAAAUCAUCCUCUAAGCGGGAUGCUCUGGAAAAGGCCAUGAGAAACAAACUGGAAGGAGAAAUUCGUAGGCUUCAUGAUUUCAACAGGGAUCUAAGAGAACGCAUGGAGACAGCCAACAAGCAGCUGGCAGAGAAGGAGUUUGAGGGGUCUGAAGACAAUCGGAAAACCAUCUCCCAGCUCUUUGCACAAAACAAGGAAACACAGAGGGAAAAAGAGAAACUGGAAAUAGAGCUGGCUGCUGCCCGCUCCACCAACGAGGACCAGCGGAGACACAUCGAGAUCCGAGACCAGGCUUUGAACAAUGCUCAGGCCAAGGUGGUGAAACUGGAGGAGGAGCUGAAGAAGAAGCAGGUCUAUGUCGAGAAGGUGGAGAAGAUGCAGCAGGCCUUGGUUCAGCUGCAGGCAGCGUGUGAGAAGAGGGAGCAGCUGGAGCACCGGCUGCGCACACGGCUGGAGAGGGAGCUGGAAUCUCUGCGCAUGCAGCAGCGUCAGGGCACAUCCCAGGCUGCCAAUGUGUCUGAGUACAACGCCACGGCACUCAUGGAGCUCCUGCGUGAGAAGGAAGAGAGGAUCCUUGCUCUGGAAGCUGACAUGACCAAGUGGGAACAGAAAUACCUGGAGGAAAGUGUGAUGAGACAGUUUGCUUUGGAUGCAGCUGCCACCGUGGCUGCUCAGAGGGACACCACGGUGAUCAGCCACUCGCCCAACCCCAGCUAUGACACCUCACUGGAAGCUCGCAUCCAGAAGGAGGAGGAGGAGAUCCUGCUGGCCAACAGGAGAUGUCUUGACAUGGAGGGAAGGAUUAAGACCCUGCACGCUCAGAUCAUCGAGAAGGAUGCCAUGAUCAAAGUCCUGCAGCAGCGCUCCCGCAAGGAGCCUGGCAAGACAGAGCAGCUCUCCUCCAUGAGACCUGCCAAGUCCCUCAUGUCCAUUUCCAACGCUGGCUCAGGCUUGCUGUCCCACUCCUCAACGCUGAGCAGCACCCCCAUCCUGGAGGAAAAGAGGGAGGACAAGAGCUGGAAGGGCAGCCUGGGUGUUCUGCUGGGAACAGAAUAUCGCUCCGAAUCCAUCCCCUCCACCCCCUCUCCUGUCCUCCCCUCCACUCCAUUGCUGUCAGCCCACUCCAAGACAGGCAGCAGAGACUGCAGCACCCAGACAGACCGGGGCAGUGAGCAGAGCAAAGCUGCUCCUUCCCCUGCAGCUCCCACCCCAGCACGACUCCCCAGCACCAACCUGACCUUCAGUGCAGAGAAAACAGAUGGGCCACUCUUCCACUCCAGCACUCUUGAAAGAAAAGCCCCUGUUCAGACUGUGGGGCAGGACCUCCCAGAUGGAGAGAUGGUAGAAUACCUCAUCUGA